AGCAGAACUCAGAAAAUAAGAAAUUGUGUUGUAUACGUUUAACAUAAUAACAAAUAAUAAUGUUUAUAAACGUUUACAUAAACUAAAUUCACUAAAAGCUUUAAAAUUGACCUGCCUAAUCCAAUGGAACAAUAAAUAUUUAGUCAUUUGUAGUAAUUGCAAAUUUACGACUUAAGUUCAUAGUACAGAGAAAUGUUAUAAGUUGCUAAUUACUUUAAGAAGAACUGAAUUUCAAGUUCUAGGUUUGAUAAAAUUAAAGAAGUGUAAGUACUUUCGAAAAUGGAUAAAGAUAGCCAAGAAAGAGAUUGCGCUAUUUGCUUACAAAAAUAUCAUCACCCAACACGAUUACCCUGUGGGCACAUCUUCUGUUUUCUCUGUGUUAAAGGCAUUGCAAUACAGAGCAAAAAAUGUGCUAUGUGUCGUAUGGAAAUACCACAUGAUUAUUUUGAGCAUCCAGAUUUGAUAGAAAAAUUGGCUCAUGAUGAAAUAACUUCUGAAGGGGAUACUGAAAAAUAUCAGUGGUACUAUGAAGGGCGAAAUGGAUGGUGGAAAUAUGACGAGAGAAGUAAUAUGGAUUUAGAAAAUACAUAUAGUUCAGGAGAGACUGAAUGCUUACUUCUGCUAGCAGGCACUAUAUAUUGUGUAGAUUUUCAUAACAUGAUACAAAUACGUCGCAGUGACCCUACUAAACGCCGCAAAGUAAAAAGAGAUAUACCAACCUUACCUUCCAAAGGUAUUGCAGGGAUAAAAAAUGUUGAAACAAGUCAUACAGAAGUAAAUACAGAUUCAGAUGAAAAUACGGUGCCUAAUGAUAAUGAAGAAACUAUUCAAGUCAAUAGUCCCAAUUUAGUUGCUGUUAAUGCCAGUACUAAUACACUUACUUCAUCCUUAUCAGUUGAUGAUCUUAUUGACAGUCUAAGACAGAUUGAUUUACAUCCUGAUGAUUCAUUAAGUACAGAUCAUGAAGAGACAUUAAACUCAGCAGAUACAUGACUAGUAUAAAAGAGGAAUGAAAGUGAAUUACCACGAGUAUCUAUCAUAUUUUAUAUAUGUUAUUAUAAAUUAUUAAAUUUAUUUGAGACUGAAUCUGUUCGCAUAUACAGUAUCAAUGUCCUAGAAAACAAAUACAAAUUGUUUUAUUUAUUAGUAACUCAAUAUUCGCUUACUGAUUGAUCUGAAUAUUUGUUGUUAGAAAAAAA